AUGGCGCGCCUAAUAAAAUUCAGUAUACUACUGGUACUAGUGUUGUUAGUAGCGGGUGAAGUUCUUGGUCAUCGUAAAUCCCAUUCAAAAGUCCCAAAAAAGAUCAAGGGCCAUAGUCAUGUGCCAAAAUCUCAGCACCAUCACAAGCCCACUCCAGUAGCUCAACCCGCUGUGCAAGGAAUUCCACAACCAACUUCUGCCAGCAGUGUCGCUUCCCCGACUCCAGCAACCGCGGCUAAUGGUAAAAAUAUUUGCCGUUCUUAUACCGACACUUUCUCGAACACCAGGAUUGUUGAAGCCCAGGAUUAUAAUAAUGACCCAAAGACCGCGGAAUGGAUUAAUUUAUCCGGAACAACAAGCACUUACUCAUUGGACGGCGGACAAUUGAAUAUGAUCUUGAACCCCCCAUCGUCCUAUGAAACAAUCACCACUUCGUAUCAUCCAUAUAAUUCGCAAUUGGGCUACGGUUUGACAUUGAAUUCCACUUAUCUUAUGCAUUACGGUACAGUCUCAGCAAAAAUCAAGGCUAGUCCUAUUGGUGGUGUCGUCACUGCUUACAUUACCAUGUCACCAGAAGGCGAUGAAAUCGAUUGGGAACUCGUCGGCAAUGACACGCUUCACGCACAAUCGAAUUGGUAUUGGAACGGAGUUAUCCUAUGGGGUGUACACGGAGGCAAUCACACCGUUCCCCCACCAGGAAUUUCUGAAACAUUCAAUACCUACACUCUCAACUGGACUCCCGACGCAAUCACUUGGUUAAUUAACGGCAACCCGGUUCGUACCUUGAAUAAAGCAGAUACAGUAGUCAACGGAACUGCUGAAUUCCCAAAUCGUCCAAGUCAUAUUCAACUCGGUAUUUGGGAUGGUAGUGGCGCUCCAGGGACCGCUGACUGGGCCAACGGUCCGAUUGACUGGAAAUCACAGAAAUCUAACCCGAGAACUUAUGUUUCGGAAGUUAAAAUUGAGUGUGAUCCCACCUGGAAUCAAGUGAUUAACUAA